ACUGAUUACAAUAAUAGUUUGAGUGGAAAAAGUGGCAAAGGUGUUCCUUCCGGUGACGACCUAGAGCAACGGCAGCAACCCCGCGGACAUCAUCAUCGACAGCCAAAGUGUGACUGGAUGCUGCGACAGUGGUUCAGCUCUAUUCCGUCCUUAGUUUCGUCCCUCUUAGUUUCUAUAUCCUCCAGAGAAAAGCUUCUUAACCGAUGGCCCCCGAUCAGUACCCCGACAGCUUCUGUUGGCAGUGUGGCAAGGCAAGAAGAGCCAUUUGAAAAUUAUGGCAGUGAAUGUGGAAAUUAUAAUAAGCAAGUGACAACAUAUGAAGAUAAUGGUAGGAAAAUGUGUGGCACCCCGCGUUCCCACGAUCGUCCCACCACCACCUCCACCACCACCACCAACACAAACCACAGCCGCCGGAGCUGCCGUCAGCGUGGCUGGCCGCCGCUGCUGCUGCCAGGCAUCGGUGGUAUCGGCGUGAAGCUAAUGCUGGUGAUUAUGGUGCUAAUUGGCGUUAUUGAUUACUCGGAAGCCGGCACCUGCUGGCUCCGCCGCAUAGAGAGCACCGGCAAGUGCAACAAACUGUUCACCCGCAACGUGACGCGGGAAAGCUGCUGCCAGGCCGGAACCGGGCUCGGGUUCACCGAUCGGGACAUCACCGACGUGCAGAUCUUCUUCGUGAAUGCCUUCAACGAUGGAAUGGACUGUUCGUCCUGUCUCGAAAGCUGCGAGAACGCCAAUUGUGGUCCCAACAAACGUUGCGUUAUGAAGAGGGGCCGACCGAAGUGCAUCUGUGCACCGAAUUGUAAGGCCCCCAAACAGGCCAAGCAACUGCCGAAGCAGAAUAUCAAGGUGAUUAAUCUGAGUGUAAGCCAACGAAACCGAAGACAGUAUUUAUCGACCGGACCGCGUACUGCCGAGUCACGGUCAGCUCCGUCGAUCCAACUCGGGGGAUCGAACAAUAAGCGGAGUAUUCGGGUACCAAGCGAUGACCCGUCCCGAUCCCACCAUUCAACAAGGACUGUAAAAACUAGCCUAAGUGAGAAAGCGUCAAGCCAAAGAAAUAAUAACGGUAAGCUAGCUAACUCUAAGCAUAAGGAUAAUUUAUUGGAAUCUGUGAAAUUAGUGAGUAGUAGAAACCGAAUCGAUCGUUCGAACGUGAAUUGUACAAGUGAGGAAGUUGAGUCGACGGGUUGCGUUCGCCCGAACGAUCGGCUAGUCCUGAUGGCUGACAGUCCCAUGCAAACCAAUACGCUUCCGCAGGGCUACGCAAAAAAGAGCCGCUCCGAUGCUACCCCGGUUUUGAUAACCAGCUCCGUCGGUACAGCAAACCUACGACAUCGGAACCGCAAGACCACGACGACUGGCAGCAACGUUAACAACCGAACGCUUUCACUCCAUCGAGCUCACGAGGAUUCACCGCGUACUGCCCACCAGCACAGCAGGGACUUUGGCAGACCAAGGUUGCUACGGUUGAGUCCGGAAAACGACAACGGCACCAUCGCCGUCGGAGAUCCACGGGUUCGCAGGCGGCCACAGUUUCUGGAGGAUGCGUUCUUCGUCAGUGAGGUUCCCCAUUCUAGGAGAAGCCGCAUGCGAGAAACCGAUUUCGACUUUGGAAAUGAAAUUAUGCAACAUACGGGAUUUUAUAAUCCCGUGUGCGGUACUGACGGCAAAACGUACAAAACGGAGUGUCAGUUGAAGAAGCGAGCCUGUCGACAGGAGAGCACAACACUCGCCGUUGCUUACAAGGGACAUUGCCAAACUACCUGCCGGCUGGUCCAGUGUCCGGAGGGGAAGUACUGCGUCGAGGAUCAGCAUUCGACGCCGCAUUGCGUGACCUGUGCGCGAGACUGUCCAACCGAAUCGAGAACGUUUUCCGCCAAGUCCGUCGUUUGCGGCACCGACGGCGUCACCUAUCGGAGCAUCUGCGAACUGAAGCAGAAGGCCUGCCUGACGGGACGGGCCAUUCCGGUUGCCUACCGGGGUCGUUGCAUCGAAACCGCCACCUGCGAAACCAUCAAGUGUAAGGACCGGCAGCACUGUCUGACUGAUCUGAAAACCCACAAGCCGCGUUGCGUCAGCUGUAGUUACAAGUGUCCCCGGAUGAAGCGGCAGCAGCAGCAGCAGCAGCCGCAUCAGGGGCGCAUUCGCCAGCUCGGCGCCAACGGAGGAACUGGUCAUCAUCACCGAAAUCAGCACACGCAGCCACACGUAAAACUUUGCGGAACUAACAACCACACGUACCACUCGUGGUGUCAUAUGCUGAAGGAUUCCUGCAACACCGGAUUCUAUAUCGACGUACAGUACAAUGGGGUGUGCAGCUUCGAUAGAAGCCUCGCCUCACCCAGCAUUCUCACCCAUUCAGCCGUCAAACCGAAACCGUAACAAACCGGAGGAGCUAAGCAGCCAAAGUUAGGAAAUUUAGACGAAUUUGACCCCUUGGUUUGGCUCAUUUUGGCUUAGAAAAAAAAAACCCGCAUACCACAGCUAGUAGCACAGACAAGUAGUUUUCGUUAUCGCACGAGAAACUAAUACCAAAAAAAAACUUGACAGUAGUUGAUGUUGUUUCAAAGAUGUAAAAAGUAGGAUCUUUCAAUGUCUAUUUAACGCAAACACAGUAAGAUAUAUACAUGUAUUUAAGGAUAGAUGAUCAGUGUAAAACCCACUCGUUGUAAAAAUAUUUCAUCCACCAUUUUUAACCAUAGGAAAUGAUUUAUAAAAAUUCGAUCUGAUUGAAGUGAAACUAUUUAUAUUUAACGAAUAGAGUCCCUCUAUUUAUGGAAGCUAAACAUAGUCGUACGCCACCUAAUAUAUUUAUUGCCUUGUACAUUGAAGCAACGCCGUCUAAGGCUAAGGCCUUUGUUUUGACCGUGUCUACUAUUUAUUCACUUUCCCGGGGGAAACACUAUUUAUUGAUUGUAAGAUUUCCCUUCUAAACCAAAAACUAACUUUUAAAGGAAACCAAGAAGGAAGAAAGGAACGAAGCAAACAAACAAUUGUUAAACAAAUCAAUGCGAGACGAUCCAAAUUUAGACUAAAUCCAACUUUACUAUUAAACGAAUAAAAACGGAUGCAAAACACUCAAUUAAUUCGGUGCUGUUCUUCAAUCUAAUCAUUAAAGUUUUAGCAAAAAAAAUACCAAUAUCGUAAAUUCCAAUCGUUGUUCAAAUGUAAGCGCAAAUCGAGAUGGUAAUAAUCCCUGAAAGAGUAAAUAAAGUAAACUAAAACUACAACUUAGCUAAAUUUCCAUCUUUGCAAAACUCUAGUGCACGACAAAAGGAAUUAAUCCAUACAUAGUCUAGCUCAUUGAAUUCUCCUGUUGAUUAUAAAAUACUGUGAAAGUUUCAAAACAUUGUUUCGAUAAAAAAUUGUUUCGAUAUUGAUUAAUCGUGUAGAAAAGAUUCUCAAAAGUAAGACGCAUGUUGGGAACGAUGAGUGAAUGAGUGUUUUGAUCAACUGUCUAAAAUUAUACUAAAUUAAAUAACAAAAUCAAUUUGAAGAGUCUGACAAUUCCGAAAGCAACAACCAAUUCACCGAAAAAAAAAUUGAUCAAAAUACUCAAUUAGUUCACGUGUUCUUCCCACAUACCGUUCAACGGGUUGACUGAAAAAAAAUAACACACAUAAACCAACAAAGCUUUGCAUGUAAUGCGACUAGCGCAGUGCAAACGAAAUCGUAGGAUGUAAAAUUUACCUUUUUAAUAGUAAAAUUCUAUUUACUAUACCUAUACUAUAACUAUGAUGAGACUUAAUUAGGGCAAACUAGAUGGGGAAUUUAAAGCAGUAAUACAAUAAAUGUAGAACAACACACACACACACUGAUCAACCUUUCAGCGCACGUUUUCGAGAGCAAAUUAGACCGGCCAGUCAUUCAGUUGUCAUCCACCAGAGCAAUAUAACCGUCAAAUUGCACCCGCAACAACCCGCAGUAGGUGACAGACACAUACCACACAAGUACUUUAACAGUUCGCACACACAAACUCAACCUAGCACGCACACCACACUAAUCGAUGGGUUUCAAAAAAUAAACAAUAGCUACUCGUAAAAACAGCAAAACCAGCGGCAGUCUUAGUGACCAGAAUAGCAACCUGAUAAACAUUAUCAAAAAUUCCCAGACAUUGAAGCCAAUUAGUGGCAAUUUAUUCGCAAUAGACAAACUGGGCGCUCACAUUGUCCCCCGUGCAUGCUCCAGAAAAUCCACACAAAUGGUAUUAAUAUAGAGACAGGCUAGUGGAAAAACGGAACACGUCAGUAUGUAUGUAUUUAACAGAAGAAAAAAAAAACAAUCUAAACAAAGAUGGAACCCGUUGCGAUCGGUUGUCCCCCAGGGCCCCCCCGGCCAACAGCAACUUAUUCGCGGUAGCAAGCAGAACAUUGGAACAUGGAAAUAGAAACGAAAUAAAUGUUUAUUAAUGUUGAUAAA